GGCGCCACCUAGAUCAGAAAGAACUCGUUAUAUUCGAUUCGAAUGUGCACUGGAGAGGCCGAGAUCCUCGAGAUCACUUUCAAAAGUGAAAGUCGUCACCGUCUUUAGGAUAAUUCUUUCUCCUUCAAAGAUGGACAUUCGUUAUGGGGCUCCAUUUUAUCUAGUAAUUAUUUUAAUAGGAGUCACCUCUGCCCAUCAGAAUGUUCUGCUUCUAUUAGCGGACGACGGUGGAUUCGAGAUCGGGGCCUACCGGAACAAGAUCGUGCAAACUCCGGCGCUAGAUGCCCUUGCGAAGCAGAGUUUGAUAUUUAACAAUGCCUAUGCUUCCGUUAGCAGUUGUUCCCCGUCUCGAGCAUCGAUCCUCACUGGAAUGCCGGAGCACCAGAACGGAAUGUACGGUCUGCACAACGGAGUGCAUCAUUUCAAUGCCCUCGACAAGGUGAAAAGCAUUUCGACCAUACUGUCUGAGACGGGUGUCCGGACCGGCCUAAUCGGUAAGAAACACGUUGGACCGGCAGAUGUAUUUAAGUUCGAUUACGAGCGAACAGAAGAAGAGUACUCUGUUAAUCAGGUUGGAAGGAAUAUCACUAACAUAAAGCUAUUUGUCAGAGAAUUCCUUGGGGAGAGUAAGAAGAAGGAUCAGCCUUUCUUCCUGAUGGUUUCGUUCCAUGAUCCACAUCGUUGUGGACACAUAACUCCCCAGUACGGGCCUUUCUGCGAACGCUGGGGAUCCGGAGAAGAAGGAAUGGGAUUGAUUCCUGAUUGGCAUCCCAUUUAUUACGUUUGGGACCAGUUGAUCCUACCGUACUACAUUCCGGACACUGAACCAGCUCGCAGGGACGUUGCUGCCCAGUACACAACCAUCUCUCGCCUCGAUCAAGGUAUUGGCCUGGUACUGAAGGAACUCGCCGAUGCUGGCUUCGAAAAGGACACUCUCGUAGUUUACACGUCCGAUAACGGACCACCCUUCCCGGCUGCCCGUACUAAUCUCUACGACCCAGGGAUGGCUGAACCCAUGUUCAUUCGUUCGCCGGAUCCAAAAAGUCGUCGAAACGAGGUCACCUAUUCUUUGUCCAGCCACCUUGAUCUACUUCCCACUUUUUUGGAUUGGUUUAAUCUAUCGUACCCCGUUGAUGUUGCCCAGCCCGAUACAAAUGCCAUCGACGAACAACCCCCACCAAAACCCAUUCUAACUGGCAAGUCGCUUCUUCCCUUGCUCGCCGCUGAGCCACCCACUGACCCGGAUCAGGCCGUGUUUGCUUCGCAAUCGUUCCACGAAGUCACCAUGACCUACCCGAUGCGUGCCAUCCGCACCAAACGCUACAAGCUGAUCCACAACCUGAACCACCAGCUGCCGUUCCCCGUCGAUCAGGAUCUUUUCGUUUCACCUACCUUCCAAGAUCUGCUGGCGCGCAAGGCCAACAACCAGGACAUGCGCUGGUACAAAAACCUACAACUGUAUUAUAAUCGGCCGGAGUGGGAGCUGUUUGACCUCAAGAUGGAUCCCGCCGAAAGGAAUAAUCUGGCCGGGAAACCGGUGGUCAAGGAACUUUUUGAAAAACUCCAACUAAAGUUACGUAAUUGGCAGGAGUUAACAAAUGAUCCGUUCCGCUGUCUACCCGGGGGAGUACUGCUCGACACCGGUGAGUAUCUGAACAAUGCCACUUGUUUUGAUUUGGGCCAAUGAAUCUCAAUUGAUGCCUUUUAUAAUACUCAUUAGUGCAUAGGUAUACAUUUUUGAAUAUUUUUCAACGUUAUAUUAUAUGUUGUUUUGUUUUAAUUAAUAACGAAAAUAAUACUUCAAAAAAUAUUUUUACAUUAUCCGAACUCCAUUAUAACUAAAAAGGUACUGUUUCAAUCGUAGAUUUCAAGCUCUGAAGAACAUUUUAUAUGAAUAUGACAGACUUUUCCAAGAUUGUAUGUUGACUUUCCAAACGAUAUAACGAAUAUGAUAUAAGGUUGAAUACA